UGAUGCGAUGAAAUUAAAGAAAUGUGAUGUACAUAUUCUCAAUUUUCUAUUCUUCAACAUCAUCUAUUCGCUUCUCUUAUCUAUUAUAAAGUUGACAAGCAAUUUUGACAUUCAAGAUAAUUGAUUUAUAAUUGAUUUGUCCCUAUAUUCAUUUCAUAGAUUCCUAAAGUUUUCGACAAGCAAACGAAACGAUGACUUCAUCCUUGGAAAGCGUUCCAGAUUACUUACAAAAAUAUAUAUUCCCCAUUUUAUUAAGUGCAAUGGAAGAGAUGUUAGUUGAAGCAGAUCGUCGAAAUGCUUUAGACACACAUAAAUGUUCCUUCAAUGGAUUGGAUUAUCUCGCAGAGAUCCUUUGGAAUCGAAAUUCGCGUCAUCCAAGUAGAUUGUGUACAUGGCUAAAAGUGUUUGACAUACCGCAAUUUAAACUAUGGCUAAAAUCACAUCCUAGGCCAAUUUAUCCAAAAUCAUGGCUGUGGAGUAAAGAAGAAGCUGCUUUAUAUAUACAAAGAUAUGUUCGUGGUUGGCUCGUUAGAAAAAGAGCAGACGUUGAGGAGAUGCGCCAAUUUUGGAAGGUAUCCUUAUGAUUGAAAGGAAAGACAUAAAAUAUAUAUAAUGACUUUCAUAAAUUGUAGGUCAUGCGUACAGAGAAAAUGGACAAUUCUCCUUCCAAACUUGAUUAUACUUGAUUAUACUUUUAAUAAAGCAGAGCUUUAACAGUGUUGGAUUGUUCAUUAUAUAUAUAUAUAU